AUGAACCAGCAGCGAGCCUUCUCCCUCUACCACACCCACAUCAAGCUCCUGGGUUUCGACCUUAAUUCACUCGCGCAAAGCUCUUCUUCCUCCUCCUCCGAUGCCGUUUCCUUCUCUCGCAGAGGCUAUGCCGUUUCUUGUGUUGAGGUCGUCGGCGUUGUGGUCUUCCGUGACCUGAAACCCAACAGGUUUCUUAGAUUUUCCGUCGACGAUGGCACAGGCUGUGUUAGCUGUAUCCUGUGGCUAAACCAUCUCACGUCGCCUUAUUUUGCCUCACGCCACCAGCCAGAUGUUCGAAUAAUUGGAAAUAUGGCGACCCAUUUCGCAGCCCAAAUUAGGGUUGGGAUUGUUGCUAGGGUUCGAGGGAAGGUUAGCAGCUAUAGGGGAGUGGUGCAGAUCACGGUGUCAGAUGUUGUGGUUGAGAACGACCCAAAUGCUGAAAUUCUGCAUUGGUUGGAUUGUAUGAGGUUGGCUCUUAAGUGUUAUGACCUCUCCCCUGCACCUAAGUAGCUGUAGAUUCCAAUGGUUUUAAAAUGCUAUCUCUUCUAGUCUUGUGCUUUUCUUUUUUCUGAAUGCAGUGAAGAUUCCGCUCUUUGUUGCUUUUGUUUUCUCUUAAAGUUGAGUUUACUGUACAAGAGAUUGGUCUUUGGAAUGAUUAUAUAAUAAAAUAUGAAAACUAGUAGCUACUGCCUGUGUUUACUGUUUAGUUUGAUGAAAGCUGCUGAAGUUCAACGAGGAAAUUAAUGAGAAAUAACCAAUUGACCAUUCUUUUCUGCAUUGGAUAUGAUCAAAUGGAUGGUGUGAGUAUUAAUAAACAGCAUAAACAUAUCAGCCCAUACCACAGCUGCGACAAAUUUGAUCCAUUCGCUACAUCAAGUAGCAAUGAAGAUGUUAGUUUAUAUAGCAUGAUUUCUAGAUGUAUGGGCCUCCAAAACUUUUAGGCUUGCUUUCUUUUAGCUUUUUUCUUAUGGAGUUGAUUCUUUUUCAGUGAAGGAUCCUUUUGAAAGAAAGAUAUGGGUAGUGGGGAUUUUCUUGUUUCAAGCAGGGUAUGCGCAGGAUGAACAAUGAAAAGUCAGAAACAAACGAGUCAAUGUUUGUGGGGGAAAGAAUGGCUUAUGAACACAGAUGAAAGAAUAGGGAUGUCAAACAAAUUCAACCACCCUGAUAGCUCGAUCACUUUUACUCAAACUAUUUUGGUUUGAUUGAUUCAAGUUUGACAUGAGUUGAAUUUUUCGUGAGUGUAACGGCCCAAGCUCACCGCUAGCAGAUAUUGUCCGCUUUGGGCUUUUCCACGCGUAUGUUAAGGAGAGGUUUCUACCUCCUUUAUAAGGGUGUUUUGUUCUCCUCUCCCAACUAAUGUAGGAUCUCUCAACGAGGAUAUAAAUGAUUGGAUACAACAUCUUCUAUACCGAAUAGGAUAUCCGUUUUUUUUGUAUGUCAACAAUGAUUGGAUAAUUGACUAAGACUUAUGCUAUUAUCAUCUGAACUUGGAUACGUGAUUGAUUGAGAUUGAUUGAAAUUUAUGUUGGUAUCAAAUGAAGUUAUUAGAUAUAUGAUUGGUAUGUUUGUUGAAGCAAAUUAGACUUGAAACACAACCAAAUCUGGAACUGGUUUAUAUGCAUUGAACCUCAUGAGUAUUGCCAAAUUGUUGCAUGAAAUUUAGUGGCUCUAGAGAAUAGACAGUCGAUUAAAAUAAUGAAAGAAACCAGUUGCAAUGUUCUUGCUUUGAAUUUAGUGGCCUUUCAGGUAGCUCAGGUGGCUAUAAAACACAUCGGUCGAGCUGUCUCAGACCUUGGUGGCUACGAUCAAAACCAAAGAAGACGGUGGACAAAUACCGAAUGAUUUGAUGGGCCUACUCCAGUCGAACAAAUAUAUUAUCAAUUCGAACAUAGUUCAAUUUUUCUUAUUAGAUUUUGUUAAAUGAGAUGGGUCGGGUCGCUUUCAAGUUGUACAUCAACCCAAAUGAUUGAUUGGAUAAUUAAAGGAGACGAAAUAAAAUAUUUUACUUGCACAA